CGUCGUCAGUCUGGUUUCAACCUCUACGCGAAUAUGUUGGCACUUUUGGCUUCUUCGGCUCUGGUUAUCUUACUGAGUGUUGUGAUUACGUCCUAUGUUCGGAUCGUGUGCGGUGCGAAGCGCCGAGUUAGACAGUCCAUUAGGAACGGAAAUGCGACUCUCGAAAGUGGUUUAGUCUGCGGGGAAUUCAAGCAAGCUCCCGGGCCUCGACCAUGGCCGAUUAUAGGGAAUCUGCAUCUGCUGGAUCGCUACAGGGACAACCCGUUUGCGGGAUUCACGGAACUGGCGAGGGAGUAUGGAGAUAUCUACUCCCUGACCUUUGGACACACCCGCUGCCUGGUGGUGAACAAUUUGGAGCUGAUCCGCGAGGUCCUGAAUCAAAACGGCAAGGUGAUCAGCGGUCGCCCAGACUUCCUCCGCUAUCACAAGCUAUUCGGGGGCGAGCGGAGCAAUUCCCUGGCCCUCUGCGACUGGUCGCAGCUGCAGCAAAAGCGGAGGAACCUGGCCAGGCGCCACUGCUCGCCGCGGGAGUCCUCCUCGUUCUACAUGAAGAUGUCGCAGAUCGGCUGCGAGGAGAUGGAGCACUGGAAUCGGGAACUCAAGGCCAAAAUGACUCCCGGCGAACCCAUCGAAAUAAAAACAUUCAUCCUCAAGGCCUGCGCCAAUAUGUUCAGUCAGUACAUGUGCUCCCUGAGAUUCGACUACGAGGACACGGAGUUCGAGUUGAUAGUGAAGUACUUCGAUGAGAUAUUCUGGGAAAUAAAUCAGGGACAUCCCUUGGACUUUCUGCCCUGGCUGCAGCCCUUCUAUCAGGGUCACUUGAACAAGAUCACCAACUGGUCCACGACCAUCAGGAAAUUCAUUCUUGACAGGAUCAUCUGCCAGAGGGAGCUCAACAUCGAUCUGGAUGAGCCCGAUAGGGAUUUCACGGAUGCCCUGCUCAAGAGCCUAAUCGAGGAUAAGGAGGUCUCCAGGAACACUAUCAUAUUCAUGCUGGAGGAUUUUGUCGGCGGCCACUCGGCGGUUGGGAAUCUCGUCAUGUUAGUCCUAGCCUAUAUAGCCAAGGAUCAGAGCAUAGGAAGGAGGAUCCAGGAGGAGAUCGACGCCAUCACAGCCGAGGAGAAGCGACCCAUAAACCUGAUGGAUAUGAGUGCCAUGCCGUAUACCAUGGCCACGAUCUUCGAGGUGCUUCGGUACUCGUCCUCGCCCAUUGUUCCCCACGUGGCCACCGAGGACACAGUCGUCUCCGGUUAUGGAGUCACCAGAGGCACCGUGGUCUUCAUCAACAACUACGUGCUAAAUUCCAGCGAAAAGUAUUGGCAGAACCCCCAGCAAUUUAAUCCCGAGAGAUUCUUGGAAGAAGCCAAUGAGCAUAGCCAGAAGAACAGAAGACACUCCAAGGAUUCCGACUCGGGGAUCGAAAGCGACAAGGAGAAGCUGCAAUUGAGGAAGAACAUCCCCCACUUUCUGCCCUUCAGCAUCGGCAAACGGACCUGCAUUGGCCAAAACCUGGUAAGGGGAUUUGGCUUCCUGAUCCUGGCCAACAUCCUUCAGCGAUACAAUGUGAGCAGCCAUGAUCUGGCCACGAUUAAGGUCAGCCCGGAAAGCUUGGCCCUUCCCGCCAGCUGUUUCCCGCUGGUUCUGACGUCCAGAAAAAGUGCCUAGCCCGGCACAAAUCGUCACUUAAUUUUUUUGUUUAGGCAGUAGGAAUUUUGGCCAAUAAUUGCCAAUAAGCCAAAAAGCUUACCAGACAAAUCGGCAGCCACGAAAACUCUCCUCCUCCUCCUCUUUUGUAAAUAAUAAUUUAGUCUGCUGCACACUUUUCGAAUAAAUUAAUAACUAUACUGAGCUAAAACUUUGACCUUCAAACGAAUAAGAGAGUAUACUAAGUUUGCAUUCAAUGAAUGAUAUCGCACUAGCGGCAGAAUGAGAAAAAGUAACUAUAUUUUAACCUUUUUAUUAGAGAUUAGAGUUUUUAAAAUUGAUUUCAAAUAGUUUAUUUGACAAUCUACUUACUGUACUGUACUCUUUUUUAGUAAAACAUUCACACACAAGUCCGCACUGUAAGCAUCUCAUUUACACAUAUUUGCACAAUCGAUCCUUCUAAGUUAUAACUUUAGGUUUAAUUCGUGAAGAAUUUCGUUAGACUAAAUGACUCAGUUAAUUUGUAAUGUAUGUUAAUCCGUGUAUUAUCCUUAAGCGAAUCGAACUAUUUACAUUUUUAUUUUCUUGUAGAAAUCAAUGGACUGAGGUCCAAGUCGAACCAUGCAUGACUUACAAUUUAGACCUUAAUUAAACUAAAGACUUCUAUCAAUAAAUGCGAUUUCUUCACAAAAUGGUCAAAUGAAAAAUCCAAACUAUAAAUAAAGGUAUAAACGAGCAGUAUCAAAAAAA